UUACACUUUCUUUCUUUGCAAACUAGUAAAAAAAUUUAUCCUGUGCAUAAAUUUUCUUUCACCCGUGAUUCUUUAUUCACGGAGAAACCGUAUUCAUUAGGCAUCAAAUCGACCUACAUACUUAAUCUCCUACAUGUCUGUCAGUCUGUUAUUUAGCUUAUAAAAAAUAUUAAGAGAUUUGUAAAGCUGUGUGACUACUUAAUUGUGGUCAUAUUUUGAAAUUGAAUUUAACAUGGGAGGUUGUCUAGGAAGGACGGGAUCGAUUAACCACAUGCCAAUUAAGUGACGCAUUGUCACAAAAAAUUAGUUUUAUUAAGUCCCUUUGAUGUAACUUCAUCCAACCAUUUACACAAAAUUCUAUGCAAUCUAAAACCGCCUCAAAUAAUAAUUAUUCCACGACCUCUUCUUUACUGCCUAUCUCCCGUCGGAUUGGUGCGAAAUCAAUCAAGACGGGGAAACCAACUAUGCAACAGAAAAAUUCACAGCAGAAAAAUGCCACACAGAAACGGACCCGUACUUCUUGGAGAGCAGAAGGAAAACGUGUCGACCUCCACUGAAAACUUGAAGGGCGAGCAGAUUGGGAUGGGGGAAGAGGGCUUUAAGAAUUCGAGUCAAGGGCUCAAAAACGGACAUUCCAACAACAAGGGACCGGAAAUUGAAAAUCACUACAAGAAUGGCAUCUCUGAGGAAGAAUCCGGCUGUCUCAAGGAACAUAAUAAUGGGAAUUUGACGAACUGGGACAAGACGUCGUCAUCAUUCCCUUGUGAUGAUCCGGCCAUCAUUGCAAAACUCAGCGAUUUUGCAUUGUAUACAAAUGGACUCACGGACAACAACUUUGAUGAGUCUGAAGUUAGCCGACCCAAGAAGAUUUAUCGGGUCGUACUCACCGGGGGUCCAUGUGGAGGAAAAACGACUGGGCAAGCUCGACUAUGCACUUUCUUCGAGAACAUGGGUUGGAAAGUUUUCAGGGUGCCAGAGGCUGCAACCGUAUUGCUGAGUGGAGGGAUAAAAUUCUCCGAACUUACACCGGAUCAAGCACUCCAGUUCCAAGAGGAGUUGGUACGGACCAUGAUGCAGAUCGAGAGGUCCUUCUUCCGCCUGGCCGAGACCGUCAACCGAGACGUUCUCAUCAUCUGCGACCGAGGAGCGAUGGAUGCCUCAGCUUACAUCCCACGUGAUGUUUGGGAAGGCAUCCUGGCCAGAAAUGGGUGGAACGAGGUGGACCUUCGAGACGCGCGAUAUAACCACAUCAUCCACAUGGUGUCCGCUGCUAAUGGGGCUGAGCCCUUUUACUCCACGGAUGAUCAUACUUGCCGAACUGAAGGGCUGAGUCUUGCAAAGGACGUGGACACAAAGUGCGCUCAGGCUUGGGUUGGUCACCCCUACUUUGAUGUCAUCGAUAACUCCACCGACUUUGAAACGAAGCUGUGCCGGAUGAUUCAAGCCGUAUGUCAAAAGCUGGGGAUUGAUGCUAAAGAUCGGCUUCAGAAUAAUUCAAAAAAGAUGAAGUUCCUGGUGAAGGGACCUUUGCCGGGGGACGAAGUGUUCCCCAAAGGUUCACAAGACUUUACCGUGGUGCAUGACUAUCUGCAAACGAGCACUCCCAAAAUGCAAGUUCGGUUAAGGAAACGAGGUCAGAAGGGUCACUGGAGCUACGCUUACACAGUGAGACAUCCAGAACUCCAAGGACAAGUUGUGGAAGUACGGACGCCCCUGACCCAGAGAGACUACAACAACAUGCUCUCCCAAAAGGAGCAUAAUCACUUCACCGUCUACAAAGAUAGGCGUGCAUUUCUGCUGAAUGACCAGUAUUUUCAGUUGGACUGCUACAAGGACCCGUGUCAUCCGAGAUGCACGGGACUCAUCUUCCUUGAGACUUACACGACCCUUUCCAGCGCCGAGCUGGAAAUACGACUGCCCAAGUUUUUACACAUUGUUCGAGAGGUCACGGGUGACCCACGAUACUCCAUGUUCAACUUGUCUCUCAAAGAGGGAUGGCAAAACAAUAAACACUUCUGCCAAAGUCUUGCUGGAUCAGACUCGGAAGAAAGUUUGGAUGACAUUUCAAACACAGAGAAUCGUCUGAUUCUUUGUUAGUAGGAGGAAAAAGAGAGCAUCACAAAUUUCAUGACGUAGCAAUUGAAUUGAAUUCUUCGUGCGAUAGGAAACUUAAAAAAAUACAGCGCAUAAUAAGAACUACAAUAACUAAACACACUAUUAAUAGUAGAAAGAAUAUAUAUGUAGAUGUACUUAGAAAACUUAGAAAACUUAGAAAUCACUAUUUGAGGGUAAAAUAUAUAGUAGAGGUCACCGUUUUAAUGACGGACAUCAUAGACUUUACUACACACUAUGUGCAAAUGGUACAAGAUCUGUUAGAAAUAAUUACACCCAUGUAUGACUUCAGUUUAGAGGGAAUCUAGUUUCAUAUCCAAUUUAUCUUUAAAUAGUAAUCAAUAGGUAGUCGUAUUAUACAGCAGACAAUCGAUCCUUCGUCGUCUAAGAUUGUGAGAUAAAUAUGAACUCUAAAAAAGGUAGCAUGUCAUCAACAUAAUUACACUACCGUACUCAUCACAAGACGAUGAUUGACUUGAACACUGCACGUAAUGCAAACCAAUGCAAUGCAUAAGAUAAUUUACAAGUAAUUGAUUUCAGAUUACGAUUACUAGUAAAACAUUGGACUAGGUUGUUGCGGCCUUUUUUCCGUGGGAAGUAACAACAACUUUAGUCGUAAUUCGUCCUUUCUAAUCUAAACGAAAGCUUGAAUAUCAUAGGAAAAUGUCUGAAUUGAUGACUGGCAUUUCUAAAUUAUACAGGUUAUGCGGCUAACAUGACAUUUUGUUAUGUACAUACAUUAGUAUAUACAUACACAGACUAUUAAAUAGGUACCUAUCCAUACAAAAUCUUUGUAAUUGACAGUUUUACAUUUGGAGAGGCCAACUUUGAGUCAAUACGUUACGCCACUGCUCCUGACCUGUUAUUAUCUUUUGACCACUAUUUGUGGAUAAUACAUAUUGAUAAGAUUCUCUCAAAUCCAAUCGGAAACUAUCGAGACGCUUAUAAGAAUAUGCCAAGUAGUAUUUACGCAGUAUUCAAAAUCGACUCUAAAAAAUAUUGAGCUUUUGAUUUCUAAUAUUCCCAAAUUUUUUUAACUACCAAUUUCAUAAACACUUACGGGUCUUUUUUUCUGGCUAGGAUAAUAAGUAUACUGGUCAAAUCUUAAGCCGUUCCUUAAAAACUAUGCAAGUAAGAACGUACGUGUGUAUGUGAAUAAAUCCAACAUAUUUAUGUAAAUAUGACCCAAUUUGACCUUUUAAAGUUCGACGUAUGUAAAAGUAUGGAUGGAUGGAUGGUUAAUAGCUCCAUGGGGCAACUACAAUUUUGUACUGACAGGUUCUAAAUAAUUUAAAAGACAGCCAAUCCUCAAUUCGUUUGUUGCGUAUGGAAAGAAUCAGAAUUAUAACGUUGUACAAAAUAUGAGAAAAACAGGAACCAAUAAUUGUUUACACAAACAGAGCAAGCAAUUUGAAACUGACGACGAGUAUUAAGCACAAAUUACUUUCCAAAGUUUCCGUUCAGGAAUAGAUUCUUCUUGUUACAAAAAUUGACCUCUCCGCAUCGUCAAUUAUUAUCAACUCCAUAAUACAUAUAACGUCAUCCCACUAAAUUGCUAAUCAUCAGCCAUUGCAUUUCAUCUCAUAUUUUAAAAGACAUUCAUUACUUGUAUAUUUAUAGCAAUUCUUCCUCCUUUAUACAUACAUAUAAAUACGUAGCGUAAAUACACACAUAUUUGUUAAAUCACUAUUAAAUAACUGGACUGUUAUCGACGAAUUAUUGUCGUUUCGCUGGUGAAACAUUUAUGCCAAUCGUAAUCAAUAAUCGUAAUCAAACAAGCGAAGGGAAUAAUUUCUCUGGCGAAUCAAUUUUCAAAACUGUUUCUCAAAAUUAUUAUGACAAAAAGGAAAUUGGAACCAACCUCUGAGUUAUUUUACCAAACAAAUUGUACCGACUAAUUACAUAAGAGUUUAGCAUGUACUUAAAAUUUCAAUAUUUUCAUAACGCAAUGCAGUGCAUGCAUAGUUUGGAAAUCAUUUCAUAUUACAGGAAUCUAAAACUACACAAUAACCAUUUCAUCAUAUGUACAUAUAAGAAAAUUUUGUCCUACAUAAUUCUGAAAAUUUUUACAUCAAAAUGAUCAAAUUAUUGCAAAACCGAAAUCUUCCUCAAUUUUAAAAAUAAAAUUAAAUACCAAACCAUAAACUUCCUUCGGUAAACCUUCAACGACGACAAAAAGAAAUCAAAGUUCAUCCUCAACACAAAAACCUUGUUUUUGAUUGACAAAAAUAACAAAUGAAUAAUAAUUUUAAAUGCCAAGAGGAAUACUGCGGAGCUUGAAUGAGUUUAGUUUUAAAAAUAUGAUUUAAGAGGCUACGAGUCUUUGUUAUAGCAUAUAAUCGUAGUUUUAUUUAUUUAGGUAGAAAAUAGUUGAGUGCUGAAGAUGCAAUACUACAAAGUUUUUUUUUUAAGAUUAUGACACUUAAAAGUUUAAAAGAACCUUUGUGAUAAAUCAUGGAUGGAGGUUAAGUUCUAUAGUUUGUUAAUAUGCUUAUUAUUUCUGCAAUUGUCUGAUCGUACCUUGGAAAACACUGUCCAACUAACGGUAUCUGAUGUCAUUGUGAUCAACGCUACCAACUAGUAUACUUGAAGUGAGUUAGUUAUGUGCUGUGCGAAUGGAGCUAAACUCACGAGAAACCCUAGUCUCAGCACAAGGUACUUCAGGAGGCCGUAGGUUUAAGCUCCACCCGCACAGUACAUAACUCGUUCACUUUAUGUAUAGUUGUACCUAAUCUUUUUGUGAUCCAUUGUAUGAGUGUGAUUUAUUGAGAUUGUGUAACCGACAAGAGUACUUGACUUUAGAACUGUAAAAUAUUUUAAAAUUAUACAACAUGUUUUAUUAUUUUCCGAUAAUUAAUUAUUACAAAGUUAAUUAUGCAUUCUCUGUCAGGUUGGCAAUUUGGUCAACUUUAAUAAACUUCCAGUCUCUGCAUAAACAACAACAUCGAACAACAAACUUUUGAAAGUUGUCAGUGUAAAAUAUUUCACUAGAAAUAUAAUUAGCAAUACAAUUUUCAUUAGAUUAGAUUUCGACUAUCGGUAUGUAUCAAGUGCUGGUCAUCUACCUUAAUUCUUCUACCAACAACUGCAACCCAUGGCUGCUAACGGACCUGACUAUGUUUACUGUAAUAGUUCAACAAUAAUUAGUAAAUAAUAUACUAGCGGUUAGUUCCUCGGAUAUUGUAAUUUAUAUUUUUUAUGAAUGUGAAGGAACAAUUGAAUUAAUAUAGUCGAUCCACACUUACAUAAUAAAGUACCAUCAUAUUGUGUAAUUAA